UUUUUUUAGUCUUUCUUUCUCAUGUUCCAAAGUAAAAAAUAUAUUGCUAGUCGUCAUGGUCAAUCCAGUCCUAACAGAUAUGAAUAUCUUCAACAACUUGCACAUGAAUACACAUCAACAAAUGAUAUUGAAGCCAAACAACAAGUGCUAGCCAACUUGGCCAACUUUGCAUAUGAUCCUGGAAAUUAUGACUGGUUAUGGGAUAUUAAUGUAGUGGAUCUCUUUUUAGACGCGUUGGAUAAUGACGAUAUUCUAUUGCAGGAAUUUGGAUUAGGUGGACUUGCCAAUAUUUGUUUAGAACCACGGCAUCAAUAUUAUAUUGUAUCUGAUCCCAAAUAUAUCAAAGCAAUCUCUAGGUAUAUUUGUAGUCGACCAAACAAUGCAACCAACAACACGAUACUCAAUGCCCUUACUACUCUUUUACUGUUACUAAAUUCUCAAACUCAAGAAGUGAUAUUGACAGAAGAAUUAAAACAAGGAUUGAUCCAAUUACGUACAGAUGUCAAGUAUACAACAAUAAGUAGAAUGGCUGGUUUAUUUCUACAUGAUUACUAUCAAGAAUGAUUUGUAUGUCUCUUUUUACACUUGUUAGUUAGUUGCGCUUACUCCCUAUAUACCCUUAUUAUUAGCAUUAGUUAUCAUUUAGACUUUAAUACAUAUCCAUUGAAAUAAACUAAAU